AUGAUCAUUGCUAAUGAUGGAGAUGAUGAUGUAGAUGAUGAUGAUGAGAAUGAUGAGAAGGAUGAUAAUGAUGAUAAUGAUGAUGAUUAUGAUGAUGGUGAUGGUGAUGGUGGUGGUGGUGGUGGUGAUGAUGAUGGUGAUGAUGAUAAUGAUGUUGAUGAUGAUGAAGAUGAUGAUGAUGAGGAGGAAGAGGAUGAUGAUGAUGAUAAUGAUGAUGAUGAUGAUGAUGAUGAGAAUGAUGAGAAGGAUGAUAAUGAUGAUAAUGAUGAUGAUGGUGAUGGUGGUGGUGGUGGUUGUGGUGCUGGUGAUGAUGAUGGUGAUGAUGAUAAUGAUGUUGAAGAUGAUGAUGAGGAGGAGGAGGAAGAGGAUGAUGAUGCUGCUGCUGCUGCUGGUGAUGAUGAUGAUGAUGAUGAUGAUGAUGAUGAUGAUGAUGAUGAUGAUGAUGAUGAUGAUGAUGAUGAUGAUGAUGAUGAUGAUGAUGAUGAUGGUGAUGAUGAUGAUGAUUGUGAUGAUUGUCAUGAUGAUGAUGUUGAUGGUGAUGGUGGUGGUGGUGGUGGUGAUGAUGAUGGUGAUGAUGAUGAUGAUGAUGAUGGUGAUGAUGACGAUGAUGAUGAUGAUGAUGGUGUGCUGGUCGCAGACUUGAAGAAUAAGAGGAUCAAGCUGCUGAACCAGCAGUACCAAGUGGUGAGUCACUGUGAUGUGACUGAAUAUGUAAGGGACAUGUGUCAGAUCACAUCCAGUGAGGUUGCGGUGGCUCUGGGUGAUAAUGCUAGCAACACACAUAAUGUCCAGUUUAUUACAGUCACCCAGAGUCAACUCACUCUUGGUAGGAAGUUUGAGUUACAACAUAAAUGUGAAGGUAUUGACCACCACGAGGGUGAACUGUUUAUCUGCUCCCGUACUGCCCUGUUCAAGUACACACUGAGUGGCAAACAGCUCUGCAGACUCUAUGAAGAUGAAUCUGCUCAUGACACAGACCCAGCACUACGUGUCCCACGUGGUCUACAUGUGACCCCUGCAGGCCAGGUGCUGCUGGUCUGUGGAGCCUGGUCCGACACUGUACUACAGGAGAGCCUCGGUUUUGAUAUAGAGUUGGUACGGCAAUGGCACCAGUCGGGCCGGCAGAAGCCUCAAGUCAAGCACGACCCCUCCCCUGACCCCUAG